AAUCAUGAAUUUGUUUACUCUGCUACUCUGGCUUCAUCUUACCGAUUUCUAUUUAUUUUUACAACCUAUAAACUCAAUUCAAUGUUUUAUGUCACUAACCACAACGCUUGAACAUUAAUCAUAGCUUCCAUGAAAAACUAUUUCACCCAUUGUUUUUGGCUUUAAAACGUUUCAACUUGCAUGAAUAAUAAUGUACAUUAUCAUAUAUCAAUCAUCACACUCAACAUGACUCUCACAUUGUUUCCACUUCGUUUAUUCCUUCUAAAGUCACUAAUCAAUACAAAAAGUCUACAACUUGCAUUCAGAUUCACCUCUUCCCUCGUUUAUCUUCCAAACCCACACGUUUCACCCAUUAAACAUGAAGAAAAAUACACCUUUUUCAACCCUUUUGUGAUAUUGCGUGAUUACAAGUUUUCAGGGAAGCUCAACGCUAGGAACACAAAAAUCUUGCAUGCCCAUUUGCUUAAAACUCAUGAUUUACAAUGUGAUAUCUUCUCCGUGAACUCUUUGAUUGAUUUCUAUUGUAAAUCUGCUGACAUGGUUGUUGCUCACAAGCUGUUUGAUACAAUUGCUGUUCCAAAUAUUGUUUCUUGGAAUGUUAUGAUAUCUGGUUACGAUCAUAAUUCGAUGUUUUUGAAGUCGUUGGAGAUGUUUUGUAGGAUGCAUUUGUUUGGUUUUGAGCCUGAUGAGUUUAGUUAUGGGAGUGUUCUUUCGGCUUGUGUAGCUCUGCAGGCUCCAUUGUUUGGUAUGCAAGUUUUUUCACUUGUUGUGAAAAAUGGUUUUCUUUCAAAUGGUUAUGUUCAGACUCGAAUGGUGGAUAUGUUUUGCAAAAACUGCAACUUUAGGGAGGCUUUAAGAUUUUUUAAUGAUGCUGCUUCAUGUGAUAAUGUGGCAAGUUGGAAUGCAAUUAUUUCUUUGGCAGUUAAAAAUGGUGAAAACCAGGUUGCUUUGAAGUUGUUUCGUCAAAUGUGUCGUGCGUCUUGGAUGCCGAAUAGUUACACCUUUCCAACCAUCUUAACAGCGUGUUGUGCACUUAAAGAGAUGCAGAUAGGGAAAGGAGUUCACGGGCGGGCAAUCAAAUGUGGUGCAAUGGAUGUCUUUGUGGAGACCGCUAUCGUUGAUUUGUAUGCAAAAUUUGGAUGUAUGAGCGAAGCUUAUAGACAAUUCUCUCGAAUGCAAGUCCGUAAUGUGGUUUCUUGGACUGCUAUAAUUUCUGGGUUUCUGCAAGAGGAUAAUAGUAUUUUUGCAUUAAAUCUUUUCAAAGAAAUGAGACAAAUAGGGAUGGAGAUAAAUACCUAUACUGUUACUAGUGUACUUUCUGCAUGUGCUAAACCUGGGAUGAUUGAGGAGGCGGAACAAGUUCAUUCCUUGGUAUUAAAAUUAGGGUUGAUAUUGGAUGUUAAGGUCAGGGCUACUUUAAUCAACAUGUAUGCAAAAAUAGGAGAAGUUGGACUAUCCGAGUUAGUCUUCACCGAGACAAAUAAUACGAAGGAUUGUGGCAUUUGGGCAUCCAUGCUGUCUUCUUGUGCUCAGAACCAAAAUUCUGGAAGGGCAAUUGAGUUAUUCACUAUAAUGUUAGGAGAAGGAGUGAAACCUGAUGAGUAUUGUAUUUGUAGUUUGUUAAGUAUUAUGAACUGCUUAAAUCUAGGGUCACAGGUGCAUGGUUACAUUUUGAAAUCUGGUUUAGUCGCUGACGCUUCUGUAGGCUGUUCGCUUUUUACAAUGUACUCAAAAUGCGGUUGUUUAGAGGAAUCUUAUGAAGUUUUUCGGCUAGUUCUUGUCAAGGAUAAUGUCUCAUGGGCCUCCAUGAUUUCUGGUUUUGCAGAGCAUGGAUAUCCAGAUCGAGCUCUUCGACUAUUUAAAGAAAUGCUAUAUCAAGAAAUUGUACCUGAUCGCAUUACAUUAAUCUCGACUCUAACUGCGUGUGCUGAUCUUGGUUUCUUGCAGAGAGGUAGAGAAAUUCAUGGGUAUGCUUUUUGUUUAGGACUAGGAACCAACACAGUUGUUGGUGGUGCACUUGUAAACAUGUAUUCUAAGUGUGGAAGCUUGAGUUUGGCAAGUAAGGUGUUUGAUAUGCUUCUCUAUAAGGAUGCAUUUGCUUGCUCUUCCUUGGUCUCGGCGUAUGCUCAAAAGGGUUUAAUCGAAGAGUCGUUUUCGCUAUUCCAUGAUAUGCUCCUAAAUGAUGUAACAGUUGAUGCUUUCACAAUUUCAUCCAUUCUUGGAACUGCUUCACUUUUGUGUCGAUCAGACAUUGGAACUCAAUUGCACGCCUACGUUGAAAAGGUGGGGUUACAAGCCAAUGUAUCGGUUGGAAGUUCACUGGUGACAAUGUACUCAAAAUGUGGAAGUAUUGAAGAUUGCCGUAAAGCGUUUGAUGAUGUUGAGAUGCCUGACCUUAUAGGUUGGACAUCCAUCAUAGUGAGCUAUGCUCAACAUGGUAAAGGUGCAGAGGCUUUAUCUGCAUAUGAACUUAUGAAAAGUGAAGGAAUCCAACCUGAUGCAGUAACUUUUGUUGGGAUUUUAUCGGCUUGUAGCCGUAGUGGCCUCGUUGAAGAAGCCUUCUUCUAUCUUAAUUCAAUGCUUGAAGACUACAACAUCACGCCGAGUCAUCGUCAUUACGCUUGUAUUGUUGAUCUUCUCAGUCGAUCGGGUAGACUAAGAGAAGCCGAAAGUUUCAUUAACAACAUGCCUGUCGAACCCGAUGCUUUAAUAUGGGGAACUUUGCUUGCUGCUUGUAAGGUCCAUGGCGAUUUUGAGCUCGGGAAGUUAGCGGCAAAAAAAGUAAUGGAAUUGGAACCAAGUGAUGUUGGUGCUUAUGUGUCUUUUUCAAACAUUUGUGCAGAUGGAGGACAGUGGGAAGAAGUCACAAAAAUUAGAAGUUCUUUGAACAAAACUGGGAUGAAGAAAGAACCUGGAUGGAGCCUCGUGUGAAAAGCAAGGUUGUCCUGAUUCACGACUCUUCAUAUCGGAUAAUUUGAUCUCUUGGAUUCCUUACAUGAACAUAUGGAAACAGAAUAGUGAGCUGACAUCUGAACACUAGAUUAUUUAAAAUUUGUUGAUGGAACUUGUAGAAUCAACUCAAUUCCAUUCCAUCUAAUAAUGACUCAAUUUUUCUCCCCACAAUUUUGGAGUAUAGGGUGGGAAUGGGACUAGCUUGUUUAUUAAUCUCCCAUCCAUCAUGUAAUAUCCAAACAAUGUAUGCUAAUUUUACUUGUGUCUUGUCUCAACCAAACAUAUGUCAUGUGUAUCCUUAACAUUGAAUUAUGCCAAUGAUCUGAAUAUACAAUUCAUGAUUA